AUGAGGUCUCUUUCGUGUGGUGAGACGAUCCUUAGCACUUUGCUGGCCUCUGCUGUAGCCUGUCUCGGAUGCCAGAUGAUCAACACUGGCCAUUUUACUGAUGCCCGCUUAAUGCUUGCUUGUUUCUGCAUAGCUGGUUGCCAAUUCUCCCUAGUCAAGAGUGUUCAACCAAGUGCUGCCUCUCCUAAGCAUGGCUUCAAUCGCAUCCAUGUGUUUACACGCAGUACUAUAUUUUGCCUUCUGGUUAGUCUCUUUCUUGUCGCCGACAGCCUUUUCGGACAAGCUGAACUGAAAUCAAGCUUGCCUGGCUCCCUUCCAGCCUACUCAUUAUCUAUGAAGUCUAACAACAGCUUGUUAUCGUCCCAACAUCUUCCUGCAUCGACUCCUAGCAGUAUGCGUCUACUUGUUGGUCAGUCAUUAGAAUUCAAUCAUUUUUCCUAA